AUGCAAUUUGCUGCUCGGCUGAAUCGUUCGUCGCCUUCGUUGUCGUCGUUUUCAUCGCCCUAUUUCCAAGUGAUUCGAAUGAUUUCUACGAAAUUUCGUAAAGAACGUGAUACAUUUGGCGAAAUUGAAGUCGCCGCCGAUCGUUAUUAUGGCGCACAGACUGCAAGAUCGAUGAUGAACUUCAAGAUAGGCGGUCCGGAAGAACGAAUGCCUUUGCCUGUCAUUCAUGCAUUUGGUAUUCUAAAAAAGGCUGCGGCUCUCGUAAAUAAAGAAUUCGGGCUUGAAACGAAAUUAGCUGAUGCGAUAUCCAAGGCCGCUGAUGAAGUGAUCGAGGGUAAAUUGGAUGAUCAUUUUCCCUUGGUAGUGUGGCAAACUGGGUCUGGUACUCAGUCGAAUAUGAAUGUGAAUGAAGUAAUAUCAAAUCGGGCAAUUGAACUUCUUGGUGGCGAAUUAGGAUCAAAAAAGCCAGUUCAUCCAAAUGACCAUGUCAACAUGUCACAAUCAUCAAAUGAUACUUACCCAACCGCAAUGCAUAUUGCUGUUGCGCGCGAGAUUAAUGGUCGUCUGUUGCCGGCGCUAAUACAGUUGCGUGAUUCACUGGCUAAAAAAUCAAAAGAAUUUGAAAAAAUUAUUAAAAUUGGGCGCACACAUACUCAGGACGCCGUGCCAUUGACACUUGGCCAAGAGUUCAGUGGUUAUGUGCAACAGAUGGAAAACGGAAUAGAAAGAGUGAAAGGAACAUUGCCACGAUUGUACAUGUUAGCUGCCGGUGGAACUGCCGUUGGUACUGGCCUCAAUACUCGCAUUGGUUUUGCUGAGAAAGUCGCGAAAAAAGUAUCAGAAUUGACUAAUCUACCAUUCGUGACGGCUCCGAAUAAAUUCGAAGCCCUGGCAGCACAUGAUGCAAUGGUUGAGGUUCAUGGAGCAUUAAAUACAGUUGCUACGAGUUUGAUGAAAAUUGCCAAUGACAUACGAUUUUUGGGUUCAGGUCCUCGUUGUGGUUUAGGUGAGUUGUCUUUACCAGAAAAUGAACCGGGAAGCUCUAUUAUGCCUGGGAAGGUCAAUCCAACUCAAUGUGAAGCAAUAACAAUGGUUGCUGCGCAAGUAUUUGGCAAUCAAGUUGCUGUAACUGUUGGUGGUUCAAAUGGUCACUUUGAACUGAAUGUUUUCAAACCAAUGAUUGUCCGUAAUGUUCUGCAUUCAACUCGUCUUAUUGCAGAUUCUUGCGUAUCAUUUUCUAUAAACUGUGUCGAUGGUAUCCAGGCCAAUAUGGCAAAUAUUGAGAAGAUCUUGAGAGAAUCGUUGAUGCUGGUAACUGCUCUUAAUCCGCAUAUCGGAUAUGAUAAUGCAGCAAAAAUCGCAAAAACGGCUCAUAAAAAUGGAACCACUUUGAAAGAAGAAGCUGUCAAUUUGGGAAUAUUAACAGCUGAGCAGUUUGACCAAUGGGUUAAACCAGAAAAUAUGUUGGCCCCAAAAUGA